GACAGGCCCACAUCCCUAUCCUCCUGUUCUGCAGCUGUAUCGGAUAUGCUGCUUGAUUUCCUCGCCAUCAAUUCAUGACGUAUGCUUGUGGGCAAGUGUCCCCGGUUUUCGCCAUCCUGCGAUCGGGUGCGAGAAGAUAAACAAAGGGGGGAGGCUGAUGGUAGCUGCAAGGGAUAGCGACUACCCCUGCAUAUUGGUGUCAGUGUCGCUUGUAUGUGGCCCGUGCUCUUCUUGUGGGCAGAGUCCGCUGCGGUUGCUGCUGCUUUCGGAGCCAGCUGAGCAGUUUUCGGCACCGUUUGACCGGCCUGAUGCUGGUGCGAUCCGUCGCUUCUCUUAUCCAAGCUACGCAAUUGUGUGGUGGCGCUCAGCCAUGGGGUCUGUCGAAACGAGGUGUGGCUCGUCUACCGUUGAGCAUGCGAAACCAUCGGUUCCGCCCAUUAUUAAUAUAUAUGUUCAUCUCAGGUUCCGAUCCACUGUGCGUGGCCAUAGAGACCACGUCGUUUGGCCCCAAAGGCGAAAACAGGAUUGAAUCAGAUUCUGGCCUAAAUGGCGCAGACAACUUCUCGUCUUCAUCCUCUAGGUUGACUGGUGGCAACUAAAUGGAGUGGU